AUGAGCAAUAAUUAAUUGGAAUAGAGUGCUGGGUCUAAAGCAAUGCCUAAGAUUAAAUUUAAUUUGAAGGAUUAUGACGACUCUGAUUCAGAUGAAGAAGUUAAGAAAUUAUAAAUGAAAUACCUAAAGAAGAGAUGA